AUGACUAUUUCGACCAGAAGACUUGUUCAGAUUGCAGCAUGGGGCGGCUUAAUAGUUAGUGCAACAGGGUUUUAUUUACAGCAAAGGUUAAUAGAAAGAAUAAAGGGCUUUGAUUACUACAAAAUGGCUUUAAAGAGGUUACGAAUUCAUCCUGGAGCUGUUCUCUAUUUAGGAGAACCAAUUAAAGAUAAGAAUUUCAAGAUUACUGAUACUGUAAACAAUUUUUCUGAUGGUAAAACAGCAAGAUUUUGUAUACCUGUCUCAGGGCCUAAAGACAGAGGGAGUUACUACUUUUGGGCGGAAAAUACAGACAAUGAAUGGAAAAUAACUAGAGCUGAAUUAGAAUUAAAAUCAAAUCAAGAUGCGAGACUUCUCAUAGUCAAAUAA